CACAACUCUCCACGCUCACACUCCCACAACCCUCAGAUCGGCACAGCCUUUGACGGCAGCAAAUCCACCUCUCUCUGCUAUUUACUCACUCAAACAUUAUUGUCCCGCUCUUUUAAUUUUGUUUCGGCAGAAAGAAGCCGCAGAAGAUUCGAUUUUAUUUCUAUCCCUGUUGGAUUGGAUUUAGCAGAGAAAAAUGCAAGAGCAGGCGACGAGCUCCCUCGCUGCGAGCUCUCUGCCUUCCAGCAGCGAAAGGUCUUCCAGCUCCGCAUUUCAUCUUGAAGUUAAAGAAGGCAUGGAAAGUGAUGAGGAGAUCAGAAGAGUGCCGGAGAUCGGCGGCGAAUCGGCGGGAGCGUCGGCUUCCGGCCUGGAAAACGGCUCGUGCGGUCCAGACCGGGUCCAAGCGGCUGGUGAGAGUCAAAGAAAGAGAGGAAGAAAUCCAGCAGACAAGGAAAGCAAGCGGCUGAAGAGGUUGUUGAGGAACAGAGUUUCAGCACAGCUAGCAAGGGAGAGGAAGAAGGCAUAUUUGAAUGAUUUGGAAGUGAGAGUCAAAGAAUUGGAGCAGAAGAAUUCUGAGCUUGAUGAGAGGCUUUCCACUUUGCAGAAUGAGAAUCAGAUGCUUCGACAAAUAUUGAAGAACACAACAGCAAGCCGGAGAGGAGCGGGUGGUAGUGCAAAUGCGGAUUGAUCCUCGUAGGACACUAAGAUCCGAGUGUUCAUAAGAAGUUGCGAGUGCAAAAGUGGAGGCGACACAACAUCCGUAGUCGAAGCGUCCGUUGAAACAUCACACGCAAAAGGACUUGGGCAUGCUGAAUCUUAGAUUAGUUUUUCUAUUAGUUAUCUUCGCUAGUACUUCAUUUGCUUUGCCAUUUUUUGUACUCUGCUGUCGUUGAUAUGGUGCGGUUUUGCUCCGACUGUGGCGACAGCAACUGAGGGUAGGUAUGACUCAAAAAUGAAAACACUAGUAGAUCUGUGUGCAAAGAGUGCAAGUCCAGGAGGAAAGCUGAUUCAUAGGAGUGAUAAUAGCACAGAGACAGCAAAUGGAAAUAGUAGUGGUGGCUAUAAGAGGAUAUGGUGUGUACUGUGGUCUUGUUAAAACCUCGUCAGGGCUUUGAACCUGUGGUUGAAGAAGAGUUAAUUGUGUUUUAGUCUACAUGCAAUUCUUCUCCAUGGAACGAUGGAAAUGAUGUUUUAACAGUAAUUUACUAGUAUCAAUGUAUCAUCAACCAACUAUAUUGCCCUUAA